GGUCCAGCGUAGGGGAGCAUGGGACCGUGGGAGCCCAGCGGUGGCGCCUAGCGGUGGUCGCUGCUAUCGGUCCCGAAGUCCUCGUGGCGACUUGAAGAAGGCAUUUCCAUCCCCCCGAGAUGGCAUCCACACUCCCUACAACCGGGGCUCAGGGACCAGUGCUGUUUGAGGACCUGGCUGUGUAUUUUUCUCAAGAGGAGUGUGUGAGUCUGCACCCUGCCCAGAGGUCCCUCGGCAGAGACAUGGCACAGGAGUGUUUCAUGGAUAAGGCCUUAAUGGGUGAAGGCAAGAUUGAGAUUAAUCAGCAGCUAAGUCUCGAAUCAAUGGGACUUGAAGAGCUUGCCUUAGAAAAAUACUCCAUCGCUGUUCCUCUUGUCUAUUGCCCAGAAAAAUCCUCUGAGCAUGGAGUUGGAAACCGCGAAAGGAAAAUAUCAGGAACUUCUGCCUGCAAGAAAAGGCUCAUAAGUCUUUUAGUUACUAUCGAAAACCAUACCCCAUUGGUAGAGCUAUCUCAGUGUUUAGGAACCAGCACACUUUCUGAAAUUCUUGAAUUUCCUGGGGGAGAAGCCACAAAUUCAUACAAGUGUCCUGAGUGUAACCAAAGCUUCAGUGAUAGUUCAUACUUGGUUCUGCAUCAGAAAAUGCAUUCAGGAGAGAAAAAGUAUAACUGUGGGGACUGUGGGAAGAUGUUCAAUCACCGAGCCAACCUGAGAACACACAGGAGAAUCCACACCGGGGAGAAGCCUUAUAAAUGUGCUGAGUGCAGCAGCACCUUCCGCCAGCACUCACACCUGUCUCGGCACAUGAAUGUCCACGGAAAGGAGAAACCUUACACCUGUGGCAGGUGUGGGAGAGGUUUUCUGUGGCUUCCGGGACUGGCCCAGCAUCAGAAGACCCAUGCUGCCAAAAAAGCCCACGGGAAGUAUCUCGGUCAGCAAACAAACCUCGCUCUGCCUGAGAAAAGGCAGGCUUCAGCCCCCCAACAUCUGCCCAGCCCGGGCAGGAAUUGCUCUUUGCAGCCCCCACUCCCUGCCCUCCCUGAGAAAGGCCACGAGGACAGUGCUGAACACUGCAGUGACUGUGGGGGAAAUGUGCUUUCAUUCUCCAAAUUCAAACCCUUCAAAUGUCCCGAGUGUCCGCUGACCUGUCUUCAUCUCUCUGAGCUUAUUUCCCAUCAAAGCACUCAUAGACGGGAAAAGGCCCAGACGUGCAAAACGCCUGCGGAAAGUUUCCUCUCGGCCUCAGAGCCUGCCCGCCACUGGAAGAGCCACACAGGAGAGAACCCUUUAAAAUGUACCGUGUGUGGGAAACAUUUCAGGUUGAAGACACAUCUCACUGCCCAUGAGCGAACCCAUUUGAGAAACGCCAUGUAAAUAGAGCAAGUUUUCAUGAAUGUUUGUGCUUUUCAGCAUCUAAACGGAAAACUGGGGCAUGGUCACCCCAGUGUAAGUGCCAGGCACUGUGCUAAGCACUUUACACACAUUCCAUGUAAGAAAGCAUUUCAUUUUCACCACAACCUUGAUUGGGCACCAUGAUUUCUAUUUUAGAGUCUCGGAAGCAGAGUCCAUGUCACAGCUAGUGAAUGAAGCCAGAAUUCUGACUUGGUAACUCAGUUACUGUUCAGAGUCCAUUUGUGUGAGCUGGAGCAUGAUGCAGAACUUCAAAAAAAAUUCAGUUUUCAUUAAAAUGAAGGUAUUGCUAGAGUUCUUUUAAUUUUGUCUACAUGGUUUCUAAGUAAGUUUUAGAAGGAAAAUGUAUUAAUUGUUUACUAGUUCUGCAGAUCUAGGAAAGUAAAUACUUUUAUAUCUGUUUUAUACUUUUUUUUUGCUAUAACAAUCUAAAUGUAAUGUUUGUAUGAGAUUUUUGUUUUACAUGUGAAUUUCUGGAGCAGUUUGGAAACUUUUUCCCCCUGCCAGGUGAAGAGUUCCCAAAUAGGUUGACUAGUUAGUGUCGAGAUAGCUGUUGGUGUCGGUGGAGUUCCUCUUCUCGGAUCUGAUGCCACUGGCCUUUAUGAUUCAAGUGUUUGGAAGGGAUUUUGGCAGUCUGACUAGCCCUUUCUGGUGUCUGGACUUGACCAAGGGAAAGGUACUUGCUUCUCUCUAAGAGGAUUUGCCUCCAAGUGUCUACCAAAGCACAUUGCCUGCCUUGCAACAAGUAACAGUGACUGUUGUUUAGUAAGCACGCUGGACGCGUUAGGUGUAUUAUUUAAUCGUCAGAGUAAAUUUGACAGGAAAGGACUAUCCUUGUAUUCUCUCCAGGACUUCAAGUUCAAACUCCAUCCCUAUCAUCAGAGAUUGCAAACUCUACAGAGUAUAGUCUUUAAAGUCUUAGCUGAGUUUUGGUUUAAAAAAUUUUUUUUCUUCCUCAUAUCCAAAGAGAGAUACACAUAGAAAAUCGUUAGAGUUUAAUCAAAGUACUUGAAAAUAUGUAGGUAUUUAGAUAGUACUGUUAAAUAUAAAUACUGGAGCAAAAUAUUGUUAAAUGGAAUGGUUAUUAAUGUUAAAGAACCAAGGAAUCUUGUAAAUAUACAUUCAUAAGGAAUUUCUCUUUAAGGCAAAAUUGAUUGGGUACCCGUCAGCAAAACAGCAUUGAAAGGGGUUUUUGAUUGGGAUGUGAGAAUGGUUUUAUUCUGUUUAAAUAGUAUAAAAGUAUAGCAGUUACUAAAAUGGGAUUAUCACUGGAAAAUCUCAUGAGCAAUAAUAACAGGCCGCUUUAGGACUAAUUGGGUGGAAACUGGUACCCGGAGGAUGUAGUCUCUCUACUGAACAGCAGACUGAGAACUGAAUGUACAGAAAGAUGCCAGCUACUGCUGCAAGCUCACGUGUUAGAGGCAGGAAGAUACUGUUGGUAAGGGAAACAGAAACCAGUAGCCCUGACCCAGCUCACCCACUCCUUUUCCCUGACUUCUCCUUCUUGUUUAACUCCUUGUUUGCAGAUCCACAGUUGAGGCCCUGUGCUCUGUAUGUCAAGGUCACACUUGGCUCUUUGUUUCGGAUGUCUCCACUCUUAGGUUACAGGACACCAGUCUGCCGGGGCUUCGGGGCCUUAAAUAAAAACGCGAGGUCUCCUGUAGGUUUUUCUCCAGCAAGUCUCCAGAAAGGGGCUUAGAGUUGUGUAGAAAGAUAAUCUCCAGUUAUGUUUCUUAUCAGUCAGCUCUGGGAUAUAAUGAUCUUUGCUGAACAGCAGAACAGACUGUCUCUCUGCUCUCCUGCUUCUGCCUUUGGUGGGAGCAGCGGACACAGUGCCUCCCACCAGCACAUAACAGGGGCUCCCACGUUUCAGUUGACUAAAGAGCUGCAGGGUAGGGAAUGAAUCCAGGAAAGAGGCCCCCAGUAGCAGAGUUGCUGCAGAAGGAAGUAGGGAAGACAACUGUAGAAGGUACUUGGACAGAAUGGGGCUGACCUGAAAUAUGGAAGCUCUCAUUCUUUCCUUUGCUCCUAAGAAAAUACAGGGGAAGUUGAGAAUUUACACCAGAAAUACUGUUCUGCAUUCAAUAUAGGAAGUCACCUUUGAGGCUUCCUUCACAAUUAACUUCAGUUUUACAUGUUUAUGUUCUAGAUUUUGGAAGAUUAUGCCAAACCUCCAUAAGAGGGUAGAAAAAUAUCUUUUAUGGAGACAUUAAUAUAUACAUGAAUGUAAUUAAAAUGCCUUUUUGGUGUAAUAUUGUUAAUGAUUGGUAUGUGGAGGAAAAAAAACCCGAGUCAGUUACUGUGAAAGAGGCAUAUUUUCAAUUGUUGCUUUACUGGGAACUUCCACCUAAAUACAUUUACUGGAUGUAAUUUGCUAGAUGUAAUUCAAGCUGCUUUUAGUCCAAGGAGGUGAAGGGAGAGGUCAGUGCCCAUCAGUGAGAUCUGUGCUGUUUUUAUGUUUAUGGCAUUUUCUCCCUUCUGUUCAGUGUUGACAGACAUACAUUCCACAGAUGGUCAUCAACCCAAAGAUAUCAUUAGCCUACCAUGUUAGUUUUCAUCAGUACUUGGGUGAAAGUUAAUACAGGGAUGAAACACUCAGUGCAGGAGUUUAUUGUUAAAAACAGUUGGCUCGCUACAUUUUGCACCAUGGAUGUUGACACAUUAUGCAGGGUGGAAAAUCUGUACUAAAGAAAUCAAUUCUUGACCAAAUGUCUUGGUUUUGGUUGUUGAUGCAGUGAUGAAAAUGUGUAUCAAACAAGUCCUUAACGUGACUACUGGGCUGCUGGGAUUUCAGGUUCUGUAACAGCCAUCAUUGAUGAAAACAUGAUGAUGAAAAGCAUCAUUCCAAUGGAAUUUAGAUGUCAACAGUUUACAUUUUGUAAUUAAAGAAAUGGUGGAAUUUAAUUGUUUUUCUUGAAGGAGUCGGACUCAAAAUAGUGUUGUUUACAGCUUUGUUGCAAUAAGUGAUAGUCUAUUACAUCUCCCCAUUUAACAUAGAAAAUGACUAAGCCAGUAAUUCAGGGAGUUAAAACUAAAAACAAGUGACAUUUCAUAGCAGCCGUUUUAAGUCUUUGACUCCUGAGAUUACAUAUAAUUAAGUGGCAUUAUUCUGUUAGCUGCAACAGGUCAUGCAAUCUGAUACUGCAGAUUUUGCUCCAAGUUAUCUGCCAACUCACUGGAUAUGCAUACAAAGCAAGUUAUAGUUUAUCUGAAUAAAGAGUCUCUUUGAAAUUGUUCAUUAAACUUGUUAUGCCUAGAGGAUUUCAGUUGGAAGGUGUUUUUGCUCGGACUAUCUGUUUAAAGGGUAAUUCAAUGAUCUUCAUGAGAAGUGUGUAUACUCAUCUGUUCUAGUUUUGUAGAUUGAAAGAGCUACUGAUCUGAUAGCAAGAUGACCGUUAUCCAUCUUUUCACGGCCCAUCAGACUACAGGUGUUUUAGUUUUUGGGGGGAGGGGGCAUCCUACCUUGUAUUAACAGUCUGGGGAGGAUGAGGAUGUGAAAUAAAUAUACAGUUAUGUAAACCUGAAAAUAUGCUGCAAUCUCUAGUUCCUUUGGAUACCUUGGAAAGUAUAUUUGUUGUAGGCACUUGUGCUGUUUGUCUGUUUAAUAUUUUGAUUUUACAGUUUUUGGUGUAUUCUCAUCAGUCUUAGCUCUAGAGUGCAAGCUCUCACUGGGCAAUGAUUAUGUCUAUCUGAUGUGCAAUUUGGCAUCCAAUAAAUGCUUUUUUUAAUCAUGA